CCCCCAUCAUUGCCACUCUCUCUCUCUCUCGGGUUUGCUUUAUAUAUCUGGGACCUCUCCUAUUUCCUCAUGAUCCCCUCAUCCUCAUCCUUCCCUCCAUCUCUCUGAUCUCUCUCUCUCUCUCUAUCUGUCUGUCUGUACGUUUCUGUUCCUCUGCUGCCUCCCCUUUCUCUCUAAUAUACCCAUACUCAAAUACGCCCACACCCUCAUACUCAAAUCAAGCUAAGACUCUUCAUUCUUUCAGGUUGAGUUCACUGUAUGGAUGGAUCCUUCCCGUGCACAACACCAGCAAAUGUCUAACGAAUCACUGGAGAAUAUGAUAGCUUGCUCAAAAGCACAGCAAGAGAGGAAGCCGAGACCUCAGCCGGAAGAAGCACUAAAGUGCCCAAGAUGUGACUCCACCAACACCAAAUUCUGUUACUACAACAAUUACAGUCUUUCUCAGCCGAGAUACUUCUGCAAGUCAUGCAGGAGAUAUUGGACCAAAGGAGGAACAUUAAGGAAUGUUCCAGUGGGUGGAGGCUGCAGGAAGAACAAGAGAUCUUCAUCAUCAAAGAGGGCUCAAGAUCAACCUCUCACCCCCCACAACAACCCACUCGCUUCCAUCCCUUCCUUAUCUUAUGAUUCUAAUGACCUCACCCUCGCAUUAGUUAGGCUCCAAAAACAAUCUUCUGGGCAAUUGGGCUAUGAUGACCAUGAUCUAUCAAUUUUGGGGAACCCCACUAGCUCCCAUUAUGAUAUCCUCGGCAACACCACAAAUCCUGGCUUUUUAGAUGCAUUUCGAACUGGAUUCGUGGAAACCCAGCAGAAUAAUAAUUUGCAGAACCUGUAUUGCGGAUAUGGAAACGGGGACAUGGGAGAAGUGGACAAUGGAAACGCAGAGAUGAUGCUCCCGUAUGAUCAAGAAAUCAAUAAUGCACCCACAACGCAAGCAGUGUCGGUCACUACUAUGAAGCAAGAAAUAAUGUGUAAUGGAAGAGAACAAAGUGAAAACAAGGUGUUGUGGGGUCUUCCAUGGCAGUUCAAUGGGGACAUGAACAUGGGAGGGCUCGAUUCAGGAAGAGCAAGUUGGAACAAUGGUCUCGGUUCAUCCUGGCACGGUCUUCUCAAUAGUCCGCUAAUGUAGACAGACACUCAAUGCUUCUCCAUUGAUCAUAAGAUCGAAGAAGAGAAGAAACAAACAGAAGGACUGAUGAUUUCCUCUCGUGACUGAAAUAUCAGCUUUUAAAUUUUCAUUUCUCUAGAGUUUUGGGUUAAGAUCAAGGGAUUUGAUUCGCUUGAAUCACCUCCCUUCCUGUUUCUGGCUUGCUUUUUUUUCCCCCCUAGCAGAUGUCAAAUUUUUUGUUCUACGAUGUUAUUGUUGAAUAGACUAAUGAGAUCGCAGAUUUGUUUGCUAUGUUAGCCAAA